AGGUUUACAAACUUAAGUCACUCAUUCAAGAAAGUUUGAACGUACACGUAGUUAACGACACUGAAAAACUGGUAACUCAGAAUAAAAUUUUAGAAUAACAAUUAAGUACGUAAUAGAACAGAAUUUCUUUAUCGAUUAGAAACAUUCAAAAAAAUAAAUGCACCUGGAUCCGAGUGGAUCGUGCUGACUACUGAGUCGAGUUAUGACGUCACGCAACGGAAGCAGCUCGGCGCGUGUCAAUCAACAAAUGACGGACCGAUCCACACCUGUUGACACUUUCAGCAUAGUCAACUCCAGUGCAAUUUUCACGGACUUUAGCCAUGCUCUCCAGAAAAAAAGAUAGCAAGAAUAAAGAUUACGCAGCAGGCAUCACAGGUCGAUACCUGAAAAGAGAAUCCCCGACUGACAAUCCAUCCCUCAACCGAAGCCAAUUUGCCAGUCCCAUAAAACGAGACAGCCUUUUCGAGAAGCGUCAGCCAUCAUCCAAUUCGCCCCUCGGUCGCGGAUCACUGUUAUCCACAGCCAAUCGUGUGGAUCACAGUGUGCCAUUAACACGAAACGCCGCUCGCGAUCCCCUGCGCAGUCCAUCCAUAUCGUCUUUCCAACCACCCAAACCAUUCUGCCUAAGUUGCCGUGAAAAUGUUACUGACAACCGCCAUAUCUGCAGAGUGGGAUCAGCAGCCAGUGGUCCCGUUUAUCUGUCCCGUUGUGAGCAUGGAUUUCCGCUCAGUCAACCAGUUUUUGCACCGUCUCAUCCGGAAGAACCGCCACUGCCCCCCGGGUGGACGGUGGAUUAUACGCCCCGCGGGAAAAAAUACUACAUUGACCACAAUUCCAAAACAACGCACUGGAAUCAUCCCUCGACGCUGGCCGUUACCGGCAAUACGGAGCAGCCGUCCGGUAUCAUGGGCGACGACGCGUGGACGCCUGUCGUCGGUGCAGAUGGCAACUUCUAUCUUCUGAAUCGUUUCACCAAUCAGGUGCAGUCACCACAUGCCCAACAAUAUUCCCAGCAGUUCCUGCCUUCGGAAACUGUGGAUGACCGGGGUGGUUCGAGGGCAUCGGAGAGGGCUUCUCCGUCUUGGAGUGGUGGACGAUUCGCCCUAUCGCUUAGUCAGAACAGCGCUGCGCAGUCCAGUCCACAAUUAACCGAUGACAUGCGCGAGGUUUUGAAAAUAUACUCUAAAGGACCGAGCAGUGCUGAUCAUGUUCUCAAGUGGGAUCUGUUCAGCUUGCAGCAACUGGAGGCCUUUGAUGGGGAAAUGCGUGCCUUAUUCAAGACUGAACUGCAAAAUGUGGUGAUGUCAUACGAACCGGGACUGAUGGCUUUGCAAAGAGUUGGAUGUCAGAGAAUCCAAGUCUGGAUCUCUUUUACAGUGAACGCACAGUGUGUUCUGUAUGACAUGUCCAUUCCUUUCUGCUUUCUCUAAUAUUGUGAUGAAGUUUUGCAAUAAUAUUAUUGACCAUGUAAACUGUUUUUUACUCUUUAUUUUAACAAUUUUAAGCAUUGCUUCGUUGUGCUUUGACUUUAUGUAUAAUUUGUUGAAAAAAUCAUUUUGAAAAAAUUUCGUUCUUUAACCGGUAUUUUCCAAUUUUUGUAUCUACAAAUAUGUGUAAACAAUACCACGGUUGUUCA